AUGGCUGAACAGACUGAGAAAGCUUUCCUUAAGCAACCCAAAGUCUUCCUAAGCUCGAAGAAAUCAGGGAAAGGAAAGAGACCUGGUAAAGGUGGAAACCGUUUCUGGAAAAACAUUGGUUUGGGUUUCAAGACUCCUCGUGACGCCAUUGACGGACAUUACAUUGACAAGAAAUGUCCAUUCACUGGAACUGUUUCUGUAAGAGGACGUAUCUUAGCUGGUACUUGUCACAGUGCUAAGAUGCAGAGAACCAUUAUUGUUCGUAGGAACUAUCUCCAUUUCGUCAAGAAAUAUCAAAGAUAUGAGAAGAGACAUUCUAAUAUCCCUGCACAUGUCUCACCUUGUUUCCGUGUCAAAGAAGGUGAUCAUGUCAUCAUUGGCCAAUGCAGGCCAUUGUCAAAGACUGUGAGGUUUAAUGUGUUAAAGGUUAUCCCAGCAGGUGCAUCUGCCUUUGCAAAGAAGGCAUUCACUGGAAUGUAA